ACCUCGUGCGUUGUAUCGAGGAGGAGGGCGAGCCCGUUAUAAGCUCGAGCAGCGGCUAUUCAGCAGCUUAGGCGGCCUAGUGGAGUCGGCAGGUUCCCUGCCGGUGAUUCUCGCGCACGUGGACCUGUAAGUCCCGUGCUCCCGCGCACCGUUCGUUGUCUCUUCUCGCGGCACCUUGAGUUCUUUGCACGUAAUACAAUUCUGGCAACUCGGAGUAUGAAUAAUCGACCACCGGGCAGACCGUCGCCGUUCGCGAUGCUGGUGCUGGUGCUCGUGGUGCAGGUGAUCGCGACGAUCGUAUCCGCGGCGGCCGUCGAACCCCUGUCUAGAUCACUGAACUUCGACGACGUUCACCCGGAGGAGGAUGACAACACCGUCGUCGUCGAAGCCGCAAUCGAUCAAUUCGGAUCGAGGGAGGGUCGGGGCAUUCUUUGGAACGGAGCCACGACUCGCGAGACUUGCUUGACUUCGAAAGGCGAAAUCGGUCGGUGCACGACCUUCAAGGAGUGUUAUCCGUAUUUCAAGAUUCCGGACCUCGGUGCUCUGGACGGCUGGGUCCUCGGCGUUUAUGACACAUGCAGUUAUGUCCGCGAGGAUGGAAGCCCGAGCUUCGGGAUCUGCUGCUCUAAUCUACAUCCUUUGAUCCCUGAUCCUGAUAACUGCGACAAUCCUACCGCGGAUAAUCCACAGGUGGAGGACAAUAAGAAGAAAAGCGAGAGCGCGGGGAUAGCACGUCCUCAGGCUGCACCUACUUGGCCACCGCCAAUUCCCACACAUCCGCCCGAUCACACGAUACCGCCGCUUCCGACUCAUCCACCUUCGCCUGGUCUACCGACGGUUUCAACUACGUCGCAACCAAGUAGCACGAACUCCAAAAGACCUAGCGUCGCCACCACGUGGCCGACGAAGAAGCCGGGCUGGUGGACCACCUCGUCGACGUCCACGUCGACGACCAGCAAGUCUCCAAUCAACAGUGCCAAUCUCUCGGAGUGCGGUGCCAAGAACGGCAAUCAGGAUCAAGAGCGUAUCGUAGGAGGGAAAAAUGCAGACCCGGGCGAAUGGCCAUGGAUCGCCGCGAUGUUCAACGCUGGACGACAAUUCUGCGGCGGAUCGCUCAUUGAUAACACGCACAUACUGACGGCGGCGCACUGCGUCGCAAAUAUGAACUCUUGGGACGUUGCGAGGUUGACAGUACGCCUCGGUGACCACAACAUUAAAACGAAUACCGAGAUUCGUCACAUCGAGAGACGCGUGAAGAGAGUCGUGAGACAUCGAGGCUUCAACUCCCGUACGCUCUACAACGACGUGGCACUUCUUACGCUAAGCGAGCCCGUGGAAUUUACCGAACAAAUACGACCUAUCUGUCUUCCUAGCGGAUCGCAAUUGUAUUCCGGCAAGACUGCGACCGUCAUUGGAUGGGGUUCUUUGAGAGAAAGUGGGCCACAACCAGCGAUUUUGCAAGAAGUUUCAAUACCAGUGUGGUCGAACAGCGAGUGUAAACUGAAAUAUGGUACAGCGGCACCAGGUGGUAUAGUUGACAGUUUCCUGUGCGCUGGUCGAGCCGCUAAAGAUUCAUGCUCGGGCGACAGUGGAGGACCUUUAAUGGUGAACGAUGGUCGCUGGACACAAGUUGGCAUUGUAUCCUGGGGCAUAGGAUGUGGAAAAGGACAAUAUCCAGGCGUGUACACAAGAGUGACACACUUUUUGCCAUGGAUUUAUAAGAAUUUAAAGUAGAAAACACGCUCAUAUUUACCGUCAUGUCCCUUUUCGCUGUUUCUUCGACGAGAGGGAUUGCUGAAGAAACGCGAAAUCUAUCACACUCGCUUUGAAAAAUGUGAUAAAAAUCGUCAAGCCUUAACAAAUAGCGAUAUUAAAAAUAUCGGUUUUCGUAGUUGAAAGCGAAAACAAAUCGCCUCUCUAAGAAAAUUUUAUACUAUGUCGAUCUUUUUUUUUUUUAAUUACGCGACAUUCUAUUUUAAGUUUCAUAUCAUCGCGCUCUCUGUGUACGUUCUCUCAUCAUUAAAUAAAAUCAUCAUCAUCCA